AUGACUGAAGGGCUCUCGAUCGUUCACGGAAGCAAUUCUGGAGCCUUGCAGACACACACACUUGCAACGCUACUUGCCGAGCAAGCAGAUCAACAUGGAGACCACACCGCACUGAUUUCAUGGACUGGCACUAUACUCACAUACAACCAGCUCCAUCAACGAUGCAUCGUAUUGGCGCGCGCCCUGUUAGCUAUCGGAGCUCUUCCUGGUGAUCAUAUCGGUAUAUUCGCGGAAAAUUGUGAGGUGUACGUCGAAUUGACGUUCGCUGCUGCUAUGAUCAGGGCCACCACGGUGAUUUUGAACACGAACUAUACACCCGACGAACUCGCGAAUGCGAUUGUCGCGGCAGAUUGCAAGUGGCUGUUCACAUCGAGCCACAUUGGUGCUCGAGACUUGCGUCCGUGUCUGAGCAGAAUUGAACAAGCCCUCCAGCAUUCAGAAAACUCAGUCAAUCAGCUGCAGCGUAUAGUCCUCAUCCGAACAAAAGGGGAAAGUCGACAUGACUCCAAGUUGUUUCUCCACUUCGAUGAGUUUGUGCAGAUGUCCAGCCGACAUCACGACGCGCAAUUACUCCAUAUCAGUCGCGAGGCUAGUCCGCAUGAUGUUUGCAACAUGCAGUUCACCAGCGGUACGACUGGUAACCCCAAAGCAGCCAUGCUGACUCACUACAACAUCAUCAACAAUGGCACGUUCUCUGGAGAUAGAAUGAACCUCUCCACUUGCGACAUCAUCUGCUCUCCGCCUCCUCUGUUCCAUUGUUUCGGGCUUGUCCUAGGUGUUCUGGCAUCCGUCACGCAUGCUUCAACCUUGAUCCUGCCUUCACCGACUUUCAGUGCCUCUGCUACAGUGGAUUGUGUCGUAAAGUAUCAUUGCACUGCCCUCCAUGGUGUACCCACCAUGAUGAUUGCUGUAUUGGACGAGCAUACGAAAAGAGGCUCACCACCUGUAAAGCUUCGCACGGGUAUAGUAGCAGGGGCUUCUGUGCCUGCCGACGUCAUCACCAGACUGCAAGCCAGGUUUGGCUAUGAAGAGUACAUCAAUAUCUAUGGGAUGACCGAAAGUGCGCCAGCGACUUUCACGCUGACCACUAACGAUCCUUUGCAGUCGAAGUUGACGUCUGUAGGCAAGAUUCUACCUCACACAUCGGCAAAAGUAGUAGAUGUCGACGGAAAAGUCGUCGCUCGAGGCGUGCGGGGUGAACUAUGUGUAUCUGGUUAUAUGCUCCAGAAAGGAUACUACAACAAUCCAGCUAAGACUGCAGAGGUCAUGAUCGAGGAAGAAGGUACACUAUGGCUACACACUGGUGAUGAAGCAAUACUUGACGCAGAAGGCUAUUGUUACGUGACAGGCAGAAUCAAAGACAUGAUCAUUCGAGCUGGAGAGAACAUUUACCCUCUUGAGAUUGAGGCACAUUUGAUGCUACAUCCUGACAUCUCGAUAGCCAGUGUCGUUGGACUAUCUGACAAACAUUACGGCGAAGUAGUUGCCGCUUUCCUUGUUGGAUGCGAGGGCAGAUCACCACUUACGGAUAUGGAAAUUCAAGAGUUUGUUAGGUCAUCUCUUGCCCGUCACAAGACACCAAAGCAUAUUUUCUGGGUUGGAGAGUCAGGAUGCUUGAGUGUGCUUCCAAUGACUGCGAGCGGGAAGAUUCAGAAGAACAAGUUAAGAGACUGGGGCAAUUUGAAGCUUACGGCGCAUACGAGACUAUAG